CCGACACCACUCAUCGUGCCUCCCGUUGAGAUGAGUGAGCUCCGCAAGGCUGCGGAAGACCUUCAGGACCCGAGAGACUCCCGGGGCCUGAUGGAUGUUCAGCAGAUGGAGGCUGAGCGGGAGGGGGGCGCAUCCCCCUGGUCCUCCUCCUCCUCAGUCUCCUCUUCCUACUCUGCCUGUGCCGUGUCCCUGCUCCAUGAUGCAGCGCCUUCGAUGGUGACUGACCUGGUGGGUUUCCUGCUCCUCAAGUAUCACCGGAAGCAGCCGACCACCAGGGCAGAAAUGCUGAGUAUCUUCCUCAGAGAAUACCAGGACCACUUCCCUGCGGUCUUCAGCCAGGCCUCUGAGUACAUGCAGCUGGUGUUUGGGGUGGAUGUGAAGGAGGUGGAUCCCGGGGGCCACUGGUAUGUCCUGGUCCCCACCCUGGGCCUCACCUGUGAUGGGAUGCUGGGCGAUGGGCAGAGCAUGCCCAAGAACGGCCUCCUGGUGAUGCUCCUUUGCAUGAUCCACCUGGAGGGAGAGCGCCUCCCUGAGGAGGAGGUGUGGGGAGCACUGAGCAAGCUGGGGCUGCGUGCUGGGAGGGAGCACUUCAUCUACGGGGAGCCCAGGGAGCUCAUCACCAAAGUGUGGGUGCAGGAGGGGUACCUGGAGUACCGGCAGGUGGCCAACAGCGAUCCCGCUCGCUUCGAGUUCCUGUGGGGCCCCCGGGCCCACGCGGAGAUCAGCAACUUGCAAGUCCUGGAGCAUUUACACAGGGCCAGUAGACGGGGUCCCAGUUCCUUCCCAUCCCUGUCAGAUGAGGCUGCUAGUGAUGAGGAAGAGGAGGCCUGAGCCAGACUUGCAGCCGGGCUCCUCCAGGCCCCUGUCCAGCAGCUUCUCCUGCCGGGCAGGAAGGGAGUCCAUCCUUCACCCUGUGUUUGGAGAGCGAGCAGUCAGCCUUCUAAGGAGUGAGGCCCCA